UUCGCACUGAAAACUUUGAAAAGUUUGCUUAACUGGAGUUAGCAGGCUUUCUCGUUUGUGCAAGAGGGAAUCCCAUCUCAUGAAAAUGCCAUCAUACGCGCUUAAUCAAUUUCUUGAUUUGGAAGAGGUUAUGUGCAAGCAUCUUCUGAGCCUGGACCUCCGGGAUGCAUCCAAGCAGUCAACUUUCCCAGUGAGACCUGUUGGUUACAAUAAGCCCCGGGCCCCCUGUUCCCUCUCUGCAUCUAGCUCUGCCCUCUCUACAGACUCCACAGAAAGUGCAACCAUGACCUCCUGCCACUGGGGGCAGAACACAGAUGCCUCACUUCCAUCCAGAUUGAACAAGAUGUCAUUCUGGGCUGAGCGCUCGGUCAGCAUGGUGGAUCCCAGCACGUGCACCCUAGAUUCCAGCACGUGCACCCUAGGCUGGGCCUCUACAGAACCUAAACAGCCCCCAGCCUCCCCUACUGGUGGCCCUGUCUCUGGGUCUCCCACCUCUUCACGCUAUAAGACUGAACUGUGCCGCACCUUUGCUGAGAGUGGCAUCUGUAAGUACGGGGGGAAGUGCCAGUUUGCCCACGGCUUUGAUGAGAUGCGUGACCUCAACAGACACCCCAAGUACAAGACAGAGCCUUGUCGCACCUUCCACACCAUCGGCUUCUGUCCAUACGGCAUCCGCUGCCACUUUGUUCAUAACAACGAGGACGACCUGGGCCCUGCCAGACCUGGCCCUGGUCCCCAAGCCCCCCGCUCCAGACGACCCCCUCUGCUUAGGCAGAGCUUCAGCUUCUCAGGCUUCCCCUCUGCCCCUCCACAGCCCCUGAAGCAUUCCCACCCCUUCCUCCUCGUGCCUCCAGUUUCCCCUCAUACCUCAGCUGACAUCACCGACCUACUCUCCCACGCCUUCUCCGAGGUGGACUGUGUCUUUGAGCCGGCCUGUGAUCUCCAGUCUCAGUUUCUCCCCUCUCCUGACUCUGGCUGUUCCCUCUGUGGACUGUCCCCUGUACCUUCCCCCUCCCAGACCCCCUGUACCUUAUCAGAGGGCUGCGGCCUGCAGCAGAGCCAGAGUCCCCCCUGUGGCCCUGCUCUCGGUGCCAGAAGCCUCUCCUACACCUCACUGUCAGACCACGAGGGUGGGUGUGGCAGCUCAGCCAGCAGCCUCAGUGGGUCUGACUCCUCUGGUCCAGAUGGGUCUGGUCGGCGGCUGCCUAUCUUCAGUCAGCUGUCAGUGCCUGACGAGGGCUUCAGCGGCACUAGCUUCUUCCUCUAGGUAUGAUGAUAUCCUCAAACCUUCCCCAACCAGUGUGACUCUUGUCUUGUCCAUUGAAAGACUUGUUUAUUUUUUUUAUAGAACCUUACAGCAGUAUGCUGUUACUGUACGGCAGAUGCUUGACAAACGAAUGUGCUUCAGUUAAGUUUAAGCAAAAUUAAGCUGUACAAUUUGAGUUCGAAGUCAACAAGGCAAGGUGCCGGAGUUGCGUUGCACUGACCAUUUUAUCAAAUUGUGUGAUUGGUGCUGGAAGUCCUAAUUUCCUGCCACCUUACUAGUCAUGUAAAUGCCAGUUUGAGGCGCAAUGAAUUCAUCUUAUAAGGUUAAAGCCAAAGACAAGGAUAGAAAUCCAUUUCUGCCAGGCUAGAAGAUUUCCCCCUAUGAAUGUUGGGUGACUAAUGUUGUGAUAUUUUGUAUACUGGCAAUGGUCUUUAUUAUACACUGUUCUUCUGACUGGGCUUAAAUGUACCUUUUCCAAAAAACCCAGUUUAGUUUUUUUAAAUGACUUCAGUGCCUAUAAACUUUUUCUUUAGUUUGGAAACUGCAAUUUUCAUUGCUUGUUGCAGGGGGACCUAUUUUCUGUUUUUAGAUGAAAGCUUAUAUCGGUUUCCUAACUUUACUUGGCAAGGUGGUUUGUGAGAAUGAAUAAUUGUUUUCUCACUUGUUUCUGCGAUCUCUGUAAAUAUGUUUUGAAGUUGUAUGUAGAUGUUCUGAAGACUCACCCAAGGGUACAGUGUGUAUCCCCUGUGUGGUGGACUCUGCAUGUAAUCCCUGACUUUUAGCAGAAAAAUAAAUGGAAACGUGCUAUGAUUAAACUGGGUUGCUGUUGAAAUCUGAUUCUAUUGAGUUGGACCUAAACUGCACCUGGUUCAGUAGAUUCAAUUGUAGUGUUCUAAAAGUGCUUUGGAGAUCAAAUGGUAGUUGGUUCUGAGUGGAUGCUCUUUUUGCAUUCCGUUGUAUUUAAAUGCCCUUUUGACAAAUGUUUCAAGCUUGUUUUAGUGUUAAUGGGUCUUUUAGUAAAUUAAGUUUUAAUUUAUUUUUAUGUAUUUAUAGAUCUUUUGGGGUUUUGUAUAAUUUUUUUUUUUUGUACCUUUUUUAAAUUAAACAUGUUUAGUCCCUUACAA